UGGGGCGCUGUUCUUAAGACUGAAUAAUGACGUAGAUUUACAGGUGCGGAGGGCGGGGCAGGAGUCACAGACAGAGGAGGAAGAACGCAGAAAGACCGAAAGAGACCGUGGGGAUGUAAGUGUGUAUGCGAUUUUCGGCGCUGCAGGUACAGCGACAUACAGCUUUCUUUCCCAGUCGGGGAACACCAUCUCCCGGAUACAUUACAUUUCUCCCCACAAUGUCUGGUGGAGGAGAAGUCCGUGUUCUCCGCCAGGAGGCUGGGCAGGAGAGGCCGACGAUGCCGGACUGGAAACGAGAGAUUCUGGAGCGGAGGAAAGCAAAGGGUGGCGGGUCUGGAGCAGGAGCGGCUGUGCCUUGCCCUAGCGCGAGCUCAUCGCGGGUUAAUGGCGAAGUAACGGGAAACAGCAGCGCCCCCAAAAAAGACAAUGAAACCAACGCUGAUUCAGUUCGGAACUACACCAUCAUUCCAGCGAGCCAGCACUUUGCAGGCAAGCGUGGCAGUUCCCCCACCUCCCCAGAGCUCUCGCCGGUGAAAACUAACAAAGACCUCUUGACUGCCACCGACCCGUAUACCUCGGAGAAAACGGUAAACGAUGGCGAGGGACAGGAAAGCCUGGUUCUGCAGGACAGUCUAGGCCCAUUGCAGGAGAAUCCCUUCAUCAAACUGGAGAAGGAGCGAAAGAAACGGCAGGACAGGGAGUGUGCCAUUCGUCCCGUCCAGCAUAUACUGGAAUUGUAUGGCAGUGUACCUGGAAUUCGGACUAUACGCGCUGAGAAUAUCAUUAUCAUAGAAUCCGAUCCGGAUUACUUUCCGGGGGCCAGUGGAAUAAAAAGCGGGUCUUCUCUGCAGCAGAAUGGGCUAAGCAGUUACAGCUCCCUCAAUGACCUCUUGGACAGGAGAGCUGGUGGGGUGACCGAGAUACGGGCAAAGGAGGUGGUUAUUUAUGACACCACACUAAGCAGGAGCGAGGAGAACUUGAGCACGCUAAAUCAUCCUUGUCACGAGGGCGCAUUCGAGACAGGAGAGGGUCAGGGCAUGGUGAGCCGCAUGCUGCAGAAAUUUGACAGCAACUACGGAAAACUGCAACCCAAGUCUCGCAGCACAGAGAACCUACUGGACUUUGAGACCAGUUCAAGCAGGCCAAGACAACGACCCAAGCCACAGCCAGAUCUGGUGCCAAAAUACAAAUCACACACCCAGCCUAGCUCACCAGUCCGCACCCUAGGCAACACACAGUCAUCUUCCUCAGUCUCCCCCAGCUCCCAGUCUUCCAAACCAAAUCUACAGCCCCCUCUUUAUGAGCCUGACCGCAUCCUGCAGUCUGCUGGACCCCCUCAAUCAGUGUCUUCCUACCGCCAGCAUUUUGAGGUGAGUGGGGGACACAGUGUGGUGGUCAACCCCAGAGAGAAGGCAGAUGGGCCCCAGGCCAAGCCUUUCCGAGAGAGCGUUUGGGAGAACACAGAGGUGCCCCCCAAAUCCAAGGUGCCAUGCUCUCCGGAUACCUACUGUGCUUGUGCCGAGUCCCCUGCCAGCCCCACCACACCCCUGAUGUCUCCCCCCUCUCCAGGGUUCAUGAUCUGCCCCUCGCCCCGCCCUGACCUCUCCCUGCUGCCUUCCGGGGACAUCCAGGCUCGUGCCCUUGCCAACCUGCGCCUCCAGUCCCGCAACUCCUUCACCGUCUUCCCCAAACGCCACAGAGCAGCCUCUUCCCCGGGAAGCACAGCCCCCUCCAGCCCCAUCAUGUUUCCUCCCUCCCAGAGAUUGGCAGAGAUGCCCACUCCAGGAGUGCCAAUUCCAAUUACCCCUCCACCCACCCCAGCAGCCUCCAAGAGGAAAGAGGAGGUGAGGGCAGCCAGGCCAACCAAACCAGACCCACCUUUCCCUACUGCCACCCAGCCCCCCUCCUCUCCAUCCCCAGCACCCUCCUCAGUUCCCUCUGUCCAGUCGCCACCUCCAGAGGAUGCCCCAGCUGACCAGCUACCUGUCACCAACAUAGAUGACAUAGAUGUGGACCCUUCGAAGCCUGUCGCACCCAGUCCAACUCCAGUGGUGCAUGGGCGGAAGGGGAAUACCUUCACUGUGGUGCCUAAACGUAAGUCAGAGCCUCAGCCUGGCUCUCCAGAGCCCCAGGAGCCCUCCGGAGGGGCCCAGACCCCCCCCACGCCAUCAAAGGCCCCCUACGCCCAGCUGGGUUCCCUGCUGAAGAAGCGCUACCCUGCUGUGGAGGAGAUCGAGGUCAUUGGUGGUUACCAGUCCCUGGGACGCUCCUGCCUCAUCAAGACAGGCUCCACUGGCAAGAAGCUGAAGAUAUCGUUCAACGAGUCGAGCAUGCAGAGCAGCUAUGAGUACCCCUCAGAGAGCAGCGUGUGGGACAGCGGAGAGGAGGAGGAUGCUGAGGAGGCGGCGGCGGAAGGGAAGGGAGGAGGUCAGGAGGAAGAUCAGCCCAGCAUGGUGGGCCGCAUCCACAUCCCUCGUCCGAGCUACACCAGCAACGGCACUGAUCUGUCCAGUUACAUUCCCAAGCACACUGUGGAUUUUAACAGCUGGCAGGAACAUAAGCUUGAUGACCCUGUUUACCAGGGGGACACCAAUUUCCAGCGCACACAGAUGUCAGGGGAAGUUAUGCUCACCCCAGCAGACAGCUCCUUGCUGUCAGAUUUCAGCAGUGAUCCUGCUCUGUACUUCUGAUAUGCCUGGACCAAACAGGAAUGACCACUGCCCUACAGCUUGGACUCAGAACCACAGUUACACAACCCAGGCUGGGACCAGACUCCUACCAGUGCCCGCCCAGUGAGACAUAACAGAAUUGGACCUCAAGUCGCACUCCAACACAAUCAAAGCACUCUUUUUUUCACACCUUGUUUAAUUUGAUACAUAGACACCAACCAACCACAACCCAAGCAGCUGGACUGUCCUCACCUUACAUGUACAGUUGAUCUGUCUGUUCUCUCAACCACUACCAAUUCCUCUCACUGACUGCCAUUGAGCGGUGAAGUCUGAACCAGAUCUCUGACAGACUGUAUUUGAUUGUCCAAAGAAAUCUGAGCUUGAAAGAUAAUCAUGCAUUAUAAUGCUGUUUUCCAGGCUUUACGAUCUCUAGAAGGCGGCUAUCUGGCUCCAUUCUGUCUGCCUUGAUGUCUCUCUGUCUCCAUCAUUGUUGUCAUAUUAUAUAUACUGCGUAUGUAUAACAGGAAUGACCACAAUACAAUGCAUUCAAAAAGUAUUCUGACCCCUUGACUUUUUCACAUUUUAAUGUUACAGCGUUAUUCUAUAAUGGAUUAAAUAGUUUUUUCCCCCUCAUUAAUCUACACACAAUACCCUAUAAUGACAAAGCAAAAACAGGUUUUUAUAAAUUUACAUUUGAGUACUUUGUUUAAGCACCUUUGGCAUCGAUUACAUCCUUGAGUCUUCCUGGGUAUAACGAUACAAGCUUCGCACCCCUGUAUUUGGGGAGUUUCUCCCAUUCUUCUCUGCAGAUCCUCUCAAGCUCUGUCAGGUUGGAUGGGGAGUAUCACUGCACAGCUAUUUUCCGGUCUCUCCAGAGAUGUUUGAUUGGGUUCAAGUUCGGGCUCUGGCUGAGCCACUCAAGGACAUUCAGAGACUUGUCCUGAAGCCAUUCCUGCAUUGUCUUGGCUUAGGGUUGUCCUGUUGUAAGGUGAAUCUUUGCCCCAUUCUGAGGUCCUGAGCAUUUUGGAGCAGGUUUUCAUCAAGGAUCUCUCUGUACUUUGCUCUGUUCAUCUUUCCCUCGAUCCUGACUAGUCUCCAAGUUCCUGCCACUGAAAAACAUCCCCACAGGAUGAUGCUGCCACCAUGCUUCACCAUAGGGAUGGUGCCAGGUUUCCUCCAGACUGGCACUCCAGACAAUUGGCAUCCAGGCCAAAGAGUUCAAUCUUGGUUUCAUCAGACCAGAGAAUCUUGUUUCUCAUGGUCAGUCCUUUAGGUGCCUUUUGGGUAACUCCAAGCGGGCUGCAUUGUGCCUUUUACUGAGGAGUGGCUUCCGUCUGGCCACUCUCCCAUAAAGAACUGAUGAGUGGAGUGCUGCAGAGAUGUGAGAAUCUUCCAGAAGGACAACCAUCUCAAUAGAGGAACUCUGGAGCUCUGUCAGUGACCAUCAGUUUGGCCGCGCGGCCAGCUCUAGGAAGAAUCUUGGUGGUUCCAUACUUCCUCAGUUUAAGAAUGAUGGAGGCCGCUGUUCUUGGGGACCUCCAAUGCUGCAGAAAUGUUUUUGGUACCCUUCCCCAGAUCUGUGCCUCAACACAAUCCUGUCUCAGAGCACUAUGGAUAGUUCCUUUGACUUUAUGGCUUGGUUUUACUCUGACAUGCACUGUCAACUGUGGGACCUUAUAUAGACAGGUGUGCCUUUCCAAAUCGUCUCCAAUCAAUUACAUCUACCACGGGUGGAAUCAAAUCAAGUUGGAGAAACAUCUACAUUUCCAGUCUCAUAGAAAAAGGUCUGAAUACUUAUGUAAAUAAGGUAUUUCAGUUUCUAUUUUUUAUAAAUGUGGAAACUAUUUUAAAAACCUGUUUUCACUUUGUCAUUAUGGGUGAUUGUGUGUAGAUUGAUAGGAUAUGUUUUGUUUAUCCAUUUUAGAAUAAGGCCCUAACAAAAUGUAGUAAAAGUCAAGGUGUCUGAAUACUUCCCGAAUGCAGCAGUGUCUGUGUGUCCUUGUAAAGGGGAUUUGUGUAGUGGUGGUGACCAAAUUCCUUAAACAAGGAAGCCAUCAGUGCCCAUUCUUAUCGUGUCCUGGAGUCCCAAAAUGUAGGCUGAGGACGCCACACUUCAUAGGGAAUGGGCAGACAAAAACAAACAAUAUUUAAAUACGGCAAGGGUUCCACAAUCCUAGUCGUUUGUUUUUCUACCUGAUUUCAAUUGACUUGGUUCCCCUUAGUGUAUGCUUCUUCUGUGUGCCUUUUUAGUUUUUGUAUGUUUCCAAUGUUGUGUUGGAGAUUUUGCCAGAAGAGUGCAGGAGCAAGCGAAUGACAACACUCCCUCUUAUAAUUAAGAAAUGCUCUGUAGACCUGCUCAACUUUGUUUGAUCAUCAAAGAGCUGUGAAGUACUGCUUCAAAUAUUGCUUCAGCAGCUCGUGACCAUUUGAUAUUAUACCAUCUGCAAGAAGCUUAAUGUCAAAGGGACAGUAAAUUAGACCCAUUGUCUGGAAUACUAUUAUAAACAAUUUCCCCCAUUCUGUGUUAAUGUUUGAACACUGCCAAGUGUGAAAGAUACCAAGAUCAAAGGUAGACCAAGAAUAGCAACUAUUGAAACAAUUCACCAGCAUGUGCGUUUGAAAGGUCACCUUUUAGAUACUCGUUCUUGUGUAGUGUAUGGAUCAAAUAGCUGUGCUAGAUGGAACAAGGGUGUGUCCUCAUGGCCAUGUUUUUCCUUCAUUGACCAGUGAAUAGCUUCUGACCUCAACAGCCAGACCUCCUACACAUUCACAUUCCAUAGAGCAGGGUUUCCCAAACUUGGUCUGCAGAACCCCAACAGGUGCACGUUUUUGUUUUUUGCCUUCACACUACACACUUGAUGAAUAGUUUUGAAUCGGCUGUGUAAUGCUAGGGCAAAAACCAAAACAUGCAGUCAUUGGGGUCCAGAGGACUGAGUUUGGGAGCCCCUGCCAGAGUGAGCUGGUCUAUUUCAGUAAUGAAGACAUUGAUCUUGUUUUCAAGAUUUUUACUCAAUGCCAAUUACUGUGGUGGACACAACUCACAUUCUCAAACAUAUUCCUUCGGACAGUAUUGAUGUACAGUUUAUAUACGCCAAUGUAUUUCUUUUUGAAUAUCUUCAAAGGAAGAGGUUUAGAUUACUGUAACUGUUUCAUGAUUAGACACUUGUCAAGAUUUUAUUUUAAACCUCAAAUACAGGCAAGGUGAAAGUGUUCAAUCAAUGAGAAACAAGGAAUGCAUGAUCUGUUUCUGCCACAACCCUAUUGGGGAAACCAGGGAAUGAUAACUGGGUAGUGUCCACUGAUAAUCCCACAAAGCAUAUAGAGCACACCUGCCAUUCAUCUGUGCCAACUGCUGCAUUUAGGACCAAAUCCCUAAGUAGGCCAGCAGCUUUUUCUGGGAAUUGUGCCUUUAAUUGAAUCAGGGGACCAAGAGCCAGGGCUUUAUAAUGGCAUGUUUCAGUGACACCAGCAAGAUUGGGAUGAGACGGAUUCACUUGAAAGAAUAUUGAAGCCUGGGACCAUUGAAUAUUCCUGUUAAGAAAGAUGAGGCUUCCAGCUACACUAUUAAUCUCCAGCAUCAAAGAUGUGCUUACUGUAAAAUGUGUAGUUGUCAAUGAUUUGGGCAAAAAAAAUGUCAACUGUACAAAUGAAAGAUCAAUAAAUAGAUGAAGCCUUGA